CGUGAUAGAAAAUUUGAAGUAGGACAUUUUUUUUUACUCCGAAGUUACUCAAGUCCUUGGUACCCUUUGAUUUCGGCUGUGCAGGGGAAUCGAAGCUUGCGAAGAACAUGAAGAAGUUUUUGACCAAAUGCAAAGGGAGUCGGAGAAGAAGUGGAGAGAAUUUGGCGAUGGGGUCGACGAGGGCACGCUGGGCAUGGGACCUUGGCAGGUCUUUCAAAGCUUACUGCUUCCCGAACUCCAGACAGCUUGCCCAACUAUUCUUCUGCGUCGUCAACCCUUUCCAGGGCAAUGGAGCCAAAUCCACAAUUCCCUGAACCCUGACGGUGGGGCCAAAUCCGGGAGGAGCUCUUCGAACGCAGAUGCUCAAUUCGUACGAAGGGGGGCCAAGAGGAGAAAUAUAAACGGGAAGACCUAUCAAGCUGCACAAUGAUGAACAUCGCUAGGGCCCUCCUAUAGUGCAGUAAUGGAAAAAUUUAUGCAUACAGAUGAAAGGUGAAUAAUGAUGAAAGGUGUGCAAAGUUGCUUCAUGGUUAAGGUUUAUGGCGUGCAAUGGUCACCGCGCUCCAGAAGUGAAGGUGGGUGUAAGUCGAAACGACUUUCACGGUGGGAGUUGCCUAUUUUUUGCCCUGUUUUGACCGAGAAGAAAAAGCUUUUUUCGACGAAGUAUCCAAAUCUUGAAAACGCUUCUGGCUGUUCAAUGUUCCAGCAUCAAGCCUCGAUAUAAUCGGUGUCUUACUGGACCGAUCCAUUCCCACGACGUCCAUUAGUCCGAUUCCCGUCUCUGGUUUCUUUUCCUUUUGUUUAGAAAAUCAAAUCUUGGGAGAUGUUUUGAACAGGAAAACGGAGAAAGAAAUUUUGGAGAAACCGUGCAUUACCUCCAUGAUUCGGGUUCUAAAAUGCCCGUCCUUUGAUCCAGCGUUGAGUUGGUUGUGGCGACUGAUAGGACAUGGACACAAAAAUGUCGUCAGAGUCCGGUUACAGCCAUCAAGCUCAGGAUCAAGUGGGUCAGGAAGAUAGGCUUGUGACCGACGCUGCGUUUGAGCCUGUGCUGCAAAAGUUGUCUGACAAUUGCGACACGAGUCCAAAUGAGUCAUUGAGGGGGUGCUUUCGUAGUACAACUUGAAGAAAUUGACGAUGGGGAUGAAUUUGUGAGAUCAAGGCGUGGUCCGAACACGUACAGACCUUUUUCAGCUCAGGUGGAAUCGGUAAUAGCCGAAUCCGCUCACAGUGAGACAAUGUACGCGGGCAUGAAGGAGCAGUGCCGCGAUCCAUAAAGAACUGCUUUGACUGCCGCGGGAAUCCCCAAGUUUCAGGCAAGCUGUGCUCCAAUGCAAUCUCUGUGCUGCCAUCUACCUUGUCCAUCAUAAUGCUCUUCAUCUCUCGAUCUGGACCAGCGUCAUCCUCAUGAUGUUCGAUCUGUUAUUAGCUCUGCUAACCUGACCUCGGACAAUAAAUUCUGUUGUGCCUGACAUGCUUCGAAUUAGGUACCUGUUCACCAGAUUUCUUUUCCAGAAGUCUUUUGAGGUGUUCAUUGAAAAACACUGUAAACUACAAUAAUCAACUGUCUAUCGGAUUCAUCGAGC